AUGGCGGCGGCGGCGCUCCCAACAGCACGCAAGCGUCCGGCGCUGGAUGAAGCCUGCCCCACGGAGGCCGGCAAGAAGCGGCCGCGCUACCAGCUCGCUGACACCGGCGACGAUAACGCGAUGCCCGAGAAGAUCGGUGAGGGCACUUCCAUCGCCACGGAGCUCACCGGCCCCAGCCUCCGGACCCGGCUCACGCGGCCCUUCUCCGAGUCCGAGGCGCGCGACUGCAUGAGGCAGCUGCUGCGGGCGGCGGGGGAGCUGCACGCCACGGGCACGAUCCACCGCGACAUAAGCCCCGACAACAUCCUCGUCGGCCCCGACGACGGCAGCGGCGCGCUAAAGAUCAGUGGCUUCGGACCCGCGGCGCCGGCGCCGGCAACGAUGCUCCUCGGGAAGACCUACAUGCUGGAGGAACCGCCCACGGGCGCGCUGCUGUACUGCGCGCCGGAGCGGCUGUUCGGGCUCCGGCGCCACGGGCCAGAGGUGGACGUCUGGGCGCUAGGGUGCGUGAUGGCCGAGCUCCUCGCCGGCGCGCCACUGUUCACGGAGGCCACGGAGGAUGAGAUGAUCACGCAGGGGCUGGACCUGCACGACGAGAUCCUCACGAUGGGAGUGGGGGCAUUCGACGGGAUGGGGAUGCUCGAUCGUCUGUCGCCGCCCGGGCGUGAGGUGCUUGCCGGCCUGCUGAGCUUCUACUCCGACGAGAGGCUCACCGCGGCGGACGCGCUCAAGCACCCGUGGUUCGCGGAGGAGGAUGUGGAGGCGGAGCCCCCCUGCUGCUGCCGUGGAAGCGGAGAUCCUUGGCUCUGUGCCCUUGAUCUCACAAGCAUAGUCCCGUAG